CACUCACCAAAGAGACAAAACAGAAGCAAUCAACAUGGCUGCAAAAAUUAUAACCCUCACCCUCCUCUUCAUCCUAAUUACCUUAACCACAUCUGAACCCAUACCUCCUAAAGAUGGUCCCCAGCCAGUUGAUUCCCCGUGCAAGGGCAACAUAACCAUGCUCAGAGAGCGAUGCGAGAUGUUCGUUAAGCCCUACGGACCAGCGAAGCACCCAUCAGUCCUGUGCUGCAACGCCAUCGACGACUCCGACAUCCCGUGCAUAUGCAGGCAUUACAUCACUCCCAGGGUUGAGAAACUGAUCAGCAUGGAGAAGGUUGUGUAUGCCGCGGAGAAGUGUCAUCGAGCUUUCGCUCCUGGUGACAAAUGUGGAAGUUACACUGUUCCUGGAGCUUAGUCUUCAAUGGGAGGCAAGAAGAGAAAUUCGACGAUGCUGUUUUAUUAUAUCAAUAAAGAAAGUUGAUGAUUAUAGGGAACGGAAUAAAUGACAUGUACGCAUGAAAUCCUAACCGAAUAUAUGUUAGCCUGGGGAGUGAAAAUAAUAACAAUAAAUAAUAAUAAUGUUGUUGUUGCUGCUUGUUAUUACUGAAUACUGAAUUGUGUGA